AUGUCCCUCCUCUCCCUCCCCACAGAGUUACAUUUUCAGAUACUCUCCCACCUCGACACCAUCCAUGAUCAGGAUGCAGCGAGCCAAUCCUUUCCACUAUGGCACAAAAUCCUCACCACAACCGACAGUUUUGUUCGUCAGCGUUAUGCAACCAGUCUAAGAAAAAAUCAUAGACUAAUAGUCCACCAAUAUCUUAACGUGGGCAGUCGUUUAGUCGUCACAGUCGAUUCAGUAGAAAGCGGGGUCGUUAAAAAUUGGCGGUGUAUUCAACAAAAUAUACUGGGAGAGUUAGAAUCGAGAAAUAUAUCCUCGUCUAGGUUUCUGGAGGACCCAUUCUUCGCACAAUGGGAUUUCGAGAAGGGACAAGUGAAAUGCUUUCCUCGCACGAGCAUCGAUAAAGCUGAAAACCCGAGUGUGAUACCAACGAAAAGGGAUACAAAAGUUGUGUCGACACCAGAGUGCAAUCCGUCUGAAAUAUAUUUGUCUCCAGUUACAACAGAUAUUCAAGAAAAGUAUGGCUACACCCUCAAAUUCACAGCAGAAUUGCAAUUCUUUGACAACGAAUAUCAGAUAUUUGGGCGUCCAGGAGAAUAUUGGUGGGAGAGACUAGCACUGGGGAGUCAGACGACAGUGAAAGAAGUUAUCACUGAGGUUAUAAAGGAUGUAUUGCCAGCUUUAAAAGAUUGGGUGAGAGGAGAAGAGGAGUUUAAUAUAAACUUUUCAGGUAAAUGGCUCAGGAUGGGAUGGUGGAGGUUAGUGGUCAGCGUAAAGCUAUAUAAAGAAGACCCUUCCGAUAUCAAGGCAAUUGGGCGUCUUGAUAGCGUAUUUCGACUCUAUCACAGAGAUUGA